AUGGCUGGACGUGGAGUCAUCAUGCCUGGUCAAGCCACUCCUAGUAGUCCAAACAUUCUUCAACUCGGCUUAAACCACACUUGGUUCGAAGCCCAUGAGCCUCUGCACAAGGAAAUUGAUGAAGGAAAACGUUGUGGGAUUGGACCUGGAAUGUCUUUUGCCAAAACAGUUCUAGCCAUGGAACCCAACAUGGGUGUGAUUGGUCUGGUGCCUUGUGCCAGAGGAGGGACUGGACUAAAGCAAUGGGCUCGUGGGUCUAAGCUUUAUGAUAACUUGGUACAAAGGGCCUAUGCAUCCACAAAGUUUGGUGGGAAAAUUAAAGGCCUCCUUUGGUUUCAAGGGGAAACAGAUACAAAUAGUACAGAAGAUGCCCUUCUAUACGAGACAAGAUUGCCCAAGUUUUUCAAUGACCUUCGAGAUGACUUGCAUCUUCCUGAUCUGCCAAUAGUCCAGGUCGCACUUGCAUCAGGGUAUCACUUCGAUCUUAUAACAACUGUAAGACAGGCCCAACUUUUUUUAUGUCUAAAAAAGGUUAGGACUGUUGAUGCUUGGGGACUUCCCCUUGGGCUGGAUGGACUCCACUUGAAUACUGAUGUUUUAGGUGGAAAUUUUCUGGAUUUGUUGAUGGGGAUAGAGCAUGCAUAUGUAAUAUGUUACAUAUUUGAUGGCGAUUAUCAGCCAAUCGUGUCAAAAAUGGAACAGCUUAAAUCCAAGAUUUGA